AUGGGUACAAGAUCAGCACCUUCGAUUGAUGAUAUUUGGGGUGAUCUUGAAAAUGGACUUAAUGAUAUUUACUCUCGUCAGACGAUGACGCCCGUACGAUAUAUGGAAUUAUACAGUCGCGUAUAUACAUACUGUACAAGUGUAACGUACGCUGGUGAUCAGAACCGUGUCGGAGGAUCACGCAGUCGUGCCAACAGAACAACACGCACGAACAGCUCUGCACCUGUCGGUGCCGAGUUCGUUGGACUUGACCUCUACAACCAUGUCAAAAAUUUCUUCCAAAAUUUCGUCGAGAAUAUCCGUCGGCAAGGAUGUGAUUUGAAUGGAGAGGAUUUAUUGAAGUUUUACACGAGUGAAUGGGAUGCGUAUAGAUUCAGUUCCAAGGUGGCUGGUGGCAUAUUCAGUUACUUGAAUCGUCACUGGAUCAAGAGAGAACUGGACGAGGGAAAUGAUAAUAUCUAUGAGAUUUAUGCGUUGGCGUUGGUAACGUGGAAGGAACAUUUAUUUGUACACUUGCGCCAUAGUGUCACGAGUGCGGUUUUGAAGUUAAUUGAGCGUGAACGGAACGGCGAGAAGAUUAAUACUAUGCUGAUUAGUGGCGUUAUACAGUGCUAUGUGGAAUUAGGCAUAAACGAAUCAGAUGCGAGUAUCACUGCCGGCACUUCAACAGCAUCCUCCUCAGCAGCACACUCAGAUCGUUCGCCGAAAUUACGUGUCUAUAGGGAAUACUUCGAGAAGCGCUUUCUCGAAGAUACUGAAGCGUAUUUUGCGCAUGAAGCCGCCGAAUUCAUACAAGCGAAUCCAGUUACUGAAUAUAUGAAAAAAGUUGAAACACGUCUGAAGGAAGAGAAACAACGUUGUGAUCUUUACUUGAAUCCAUCCACUCAAGAGGUACUCGCGAAAACACUCGAAAAGGUUCUGAUCAGCAAACAACUCGAAUUAUUCCAGAAUGAAUUCGGAAAUCUCCUCGAAGCGAAUAAGGAUGACGACCUGGAACGCAUGUAUACAUUGUGUGAUCGUGUCGAGAAUGGACUGGAUGAGCUGAAGUGUGCUCUUGAGAAGCAUAUCGCUAAACAGGGAGAGGCAGCCCUGGACAAAAUCGCUGAUAUCGCUAUCAAUGAUCCAAAGCAGUACGUUUCAACAAUACUGGAGGUGCACAACCGAUAUCGUCAGUUGGUGAAAGGCGCAUUCAAGAACGAGCCUGGCUUUGUGCAGUCCCUCGAUAAAGCGUGUACGCUGUUCAUCAAUCGCAACAACGUCACUAAAAAGGCGAAUGUUAGUUUUUUGGUUUCGUUUUGCUGCCUUCUGUUGCUUUCUGAGAUGGUUGUAUUCAAAUAUAUCGAAGAUAAGGAUGUCUUUCAAAAGUUUUAUACGAAGAUGCUGGCCAAACGGCUGGUGAGUGAAUUGAGUGCGAGUGAUGAAGCUGAAAGUAAUAUGAUCUCAAAGCUGAAGCAGAUGUGUGGUUUUGAAUAUACGAGUAAAUUACAACGAAUGUUCACUGAUACUAGUCUUAGUAAGGAUAUCUCUGAGAGAUACAAACAAUACCUAGCGGCCGAAAAUAUCGAUUUAGGACUCGAUUUCUCGAUAAUGGUACUCGGCUCAGGAGCGUGGCCGUUCUCGCAGUCGAUCGUCUUCGACAUCCCUCGUCAACUCGUUAAUUGUAUCGAACAAUUUAUGAAAUUCUACUACGCUAGACAUACGGGUCGUAAACUAACGUGGCUUCUAUCGAAUUGUCGUGGUGAACUCUCAACAAACGCUUUCCAAAGGAGAUACACCUUCACGACAACAACAGCCCAGAUGGCAUUGCUGAUGUUGUAUAACGACUCGUUGGAGAUGACCAUCGCGCAGUUACUCGAAAAUACCAAACUGAAACGUGAAAUGCUCAUACAGAUCGUGCAUGCACUUGUUAAGGUUGAAUUGUUAACAGUAUCAGGUGACAACGUCGAAAUUGAUUUGAACACGCCACCAACGACUAAUCUCAAAUUGAAUCUUUCUUUCGCGAACAAAAAACUAAAAGUCGAUCUAUCGAAAACGAUGAUGCGUACUGAGGUACGUCAGGAGACGGUCGAAAUACAGAAAUCUGUUGAUGACGACAGACGUAUGGUGAUACAGGCUGCAAUCGUGCGUAUUAUGAAGAUGAGGAAACGUCUCAAGCACACACAACUCAUCACUGAGGUACUGGCUCAACUCUCAUCGCGAUUCAAGCCGAAAGUGCCAAUGAUAAAGAAAUGUGUGGAUAUUUUAAUUGAGAAGGAGUAUCUGCAAAGGGCUGAAGGUGAGAAGGACCCAUAUCACUGCGAUCAUCACGUUGGGUUUGGAAUGUUUUUGAAUGUUGUGGUUGUGGGGUUGUGUUUGAAUGGAAUCGAAUCGGUGCUUGGCUUAUUCCCGGGUGCCGAACCAGACGAAGGAGAUUACCGACAUCUUUAUCCGAUUCUGUCACUGAAUAUACAGCUAGAGGAUCAUGCACACGCAUUAUCGUAUUUCUUUGGGUUAAUCGAAAAUCUCGAUUAUCCAAAAGAUCGCUUGUCAGUGAAUUUGUUCGUUGAGAAGUCGAUGGAUGCAACUGUUGAUAAAACGAAAUGGUGGUUCAAGAGUGUCACGAAGUUGUAUCGAACAGUUCAAAUAUUCGAAGAUCCAGAGAAUUGGCGUGAAGAUGCUUUGACGCGAUCCAGAUUACUUCGCGCAAAAUAUGCAUUCUUCUUACGAGGAGAUCAUUUUAUCGUGAACAAUCGAAUUCUGCAAAAUUUAAUCGCAGCGAAACACGUCGUUAUUUCACCACUUUUACACGCACCAUUUGAUGGAACCUCGAACGUUUUCAUAUCCGAAACGUUCGAUUCGCGUGAAGAGAUCGGCAUUGAUCAGAUAGAGCAAGCCGUUGAACCAAUGUUGAUUGACCUGUCGCAUAGUGAUGCGUCGUACUUGACGUUUUCGAGCGGAAACAUUCCGUUCUAUGCAUCAACACAGAACACAGAAUCGAUAUCGAAUGAUAGUCCGUUGUCCAUUUUUGCGUUCUCUGCAAGUCGAAUGAAUAUUUCGUUGUAUGUGACUAAUGAACACUUUUAUGGGUACUUCUUCGACUCAUCAAUUUAUUCACUCAAUUUCCGAAGACAGCUGAUUCGUUAUUUCAUUGCGAAUAUGAUAUCCGACUACGGAGUGAUGCCUUUGAUUCACUCGUCCCAUCUCAAACCGACCUAUCCGAAGGCAUCGUUAUUCGGUGUUGAUCACAUCUACUUGAUCAAUCUGCAAAGACGACAAGAAAGACGACAAAAAAUGACUGAAAUAUUGAAGCUGAUGGGAAUUGACUACGAGUUGUGGAGGGCAACUGACGGUCAAAUGUUAUCUACCGAGCAGUACGCGUCUGAUGUGCUAGUUCUGCCUGGUUAUGAGGAUCCCUACCAUAAACGUCCAAUGAAGGCUGGCGAGAUCGGUUGUUUCUUGAGUCAUUAUCGGAUAUGGCGCGAUAUGAUCGACAGAUCGUACGAACGUGUCAUCGUGUUCGAGGAUGACAUUCGUUUCAUACUCAAUUCGACGACUUUACUCUCCGAGUUGAUCGAUGAUCUCGAUCGAACUCAGAUACCGUGGGAUCUGGUGUAUUUGGGUCGUAAGCGUCUCGAGAACGCUCAGGAAAAGUGGGUUAGCGGUCAUCGUCACCUAAGCACUGUUGGCUAUUCGUACUGGACACUGGGUUAUUUGCUGUCAAGAAGUGGUGCUGAGAAGUUGCUAGCAGGUGAUGCACUGAAGAAGAUGGUACCGGUUGACGAGUACAUUCCGAUAAUGUUCGAUCAACAUCCGAACGCGACCUGGAAAGAGGCAUUUCCGAAGAGAGAUCUAAUUGCUUACACAAUAUAUCCAACGAUCGUCGUCCCUGAACGGUACACAAAUGAGAUGGGAUAUAUCAGCGAUACUGAGGAUUCCUUCUGUUGGAUGGGGUGUGUUUGUGGAAAAGCGGAUUUGGAAAUUGACGAGAGGCAAUUCAGGAUUGAUAGAUUACUCGCGAAAGGAGGGUUCAGUGAAGUGUUCCUCGUAACAGAGGUAACUUCGUCAGCUAAUAAUAAUCAGAAAUGGGCACUGAAACGAAUCGAAUGUCAUUCGAAAGAAGACGCAAAACGUGUUCUCCUCGAAGUCGAUAUUCAUCGCCGUUUCGGCUCACAUCCGAACAUACUCGCCAUCGAGUGCUUAUGUGAUGAACAGCUGAAUGACAGUGUUCGACGAUUCUCGCUUAUAUUCACUUUCUUCAAGAAAGGAACACUCCAAGAUGAACUUUGUUUGAGGCGUACUCACACUGAUUACAUUGACCAAGAGCGUGUUCUGCGAUUAUUCAGUCAAAUCUCAAAUGCUUUAUCAUUCCUUCAUUCCGCUUCGCCUCCCAUUGCACAUAGAGACUUGAAACCGGGCAAUGUUCUGAUCAGCGGUGACGAACGUCCAGUUCUAAUGGAUUUCGGUUCAUGUUGUGAAUGCCCGAUUUUCAUCGAAAACAGCAAACAGUCACAGUUUCAACUGGAUGAAUCCGCUGAACUUUGUUCAAUGCCUUAUCGCGCACCCGAGCUGUUCGUUUGUGCGGUUGGGUCUGUGAUUGAUCANAGUUGUUUAGAUUCUCUUUGUGUUCAUUUUCAGUCACUGGGUUGUGUUUUGUAUGCGAUUUGCUUCUUCCGAUCACCGUUCGAUGAUAUUCAUGAGAGAGGUGACAGUAUCGCGUUGGCUGUACAGUCGGGAAAAAUCAACUUCGAUAAAAACCAUCCGUUCUCUUCGAAAGUUCUUGAUUUGAUUUUGACGUUGCUUAAAGUUGAACCGAAAGAUCGACCAACCAUUCAGACUGUUUGCAGUGAACUUAUAUACCGAUGCGAACAAGCAUAA